AUGCUGGAGCUGGUCAACCUUUGGCAUGCGGGGGAGCUGCACAGGCUGUGGGACAGCGUGAUUGAUGGAGAUGUCACAGUCAACAUGGUGACGCUGGUGGCGUGCGUGAGCGUGCUGCUGGCGGCACUGGCGGCGCUUCUGAUGAGUGCCAGCCGCACAGUCUACCUGCUUGACUUUGCCAUUUACAAGCCUCCGGACAGCUGGAAGUGGAGCAAGCCCUACGCUGUUGAGAUGGCGCGCUCCCUCAUGGUCAAGGGCCCCGACGGCGAGCUGGAGACGAGGCACCAGCGGAAGCAGCAGCAGAUGUUCACAGACUCCACAGUGGAUUUUCAGACGAAGGUUCUGGCGCGCAGCGGGCUGGGGGACGACACCUACCUGCCGCCCUGCAUGGCCGACCUGGCCAACCCUGUGCCCACCAUGGCCCAUGCGCGCUGGGAGUUUGAGCAGGUGUGCUUCACGGCCGUGCGCGACCUGCUGAACAAGACGGGCAUCACCCCCCGCCAGAUCAAGGUGGUCAUCGUCAACUGCUCCCUGUUCAACCCCACGCCCUCCCUGAGCGCCACCAUCAUGAACCACUUCAAGAUGGGGUCAGACACCAUCAACUACAACCUCAGCGGCAUGGGCUGCUCUGCGAGCGUGGUGGCGGUGGACAUGGCACGGCAGAUGCUGCAGCUGUACGCGGACACGUACGCUCUCGUAGUGUCCACCGAGAACAUCACACAGAACCGCUAUUUUGGCAACAAGAAGUCGAUGCUCAUCCCCAACACCAUCUUCCGCGUUGGCGGCGCCGCCAUGCUGCUCACCAACAAGCGCAAGGAGAGCCGCCGCUCCAAGUACCGCCUCGACCAUGUGCUGCGCACCAACCUGGCCUCCAACGACGCGGCCUUCAACUGCGUGUACGAGACCGAGGACGAGGAGGGCCACAGGGGCGUCAGGCUCAGCAAGGACCUCAUGGCCAUUGCCGGCGAGGCCCUCAAAGCCAACAUCACCACGCUAGGGCCGCUGGUGCUGCCCAUCAGCGAGCAGCUGCUCUUUGCGGCCAACCUCGCCGCGCGCAAGCUGUUUGGCUACAAGAAGCUCAAGUCAUACAUGCCCGACUUUGGCCUCGCCUUUGACCACAUCUGCAUACACACGGGCGGGCGUGCGGUGGUGGACGCGAUCGAGAGCCAGCUCGGCCUCAGCCGCGACCUGGUGGAGCCCUCGAGGGCGGGCCUGUACCGCUUCGGGAACAUCAGCAGCAGCAGCAUCUGGUACGUCCUGGCCUACAUCGAGUCGUACAAGGGCCUGAACAAGGGCGAGAAGGUGUGGCAGAUGGGCUUUGGCAGCGGCUUCAAGUGCAACAGCGCGGUCUGGCGCGUCAACAGGCGCAUCAAGGGCAUGCACGAGGCCUGGGAGGGUUUUGACGUCGACCGCAUGUGGACCGACCUGCACAGCAUGCCCGAGUGA